UCGGCCCUUAGCAACCGGCCUGGGAACGAUUUCCCUGCUGCUGCCGCCCCUGCAGGCUCUUACUUUCCAGUCCUCCACUGCCGGGGCUGGGCCCGGCCAGGGGAAGGACCGAAGGGGAUCCCCCGUGCCCCUACGGCGGCUGCAAGAGGACUAAGCAUGGAUGGCAGCCGGAGAGUCAGAGCAGCCUCUGUCCUUCCCAGAUAUGGUCCACCAUGCCUAUUUAAAGGACACUUGAGCACCAAAAGUAAUGGCGUUCUUGAGAUUAGAGAAUUUUGGAGUCUAUGAUUUCAAACUAUUAUUGUGCCCUGGAUAUGGACUUGGCUAUCUCCUGCUCCCAGCUGCUACAGCAGCCCAGCUCUACUUUUGCCAGGAAACUACCCUGAUUUAAGGCAUUCCUGCCUUGUUAAAAUGCUUUUUGCACUGACUCCUCUUCUCUCAGACUAAGCACUCUCCAGCUGGUCAAGAAUCACAUGGCUGUUCACUAUAAUAAAAUCCUUUCAGCCAAAGCUGCAGUAGACUGCUCAGUUCCAGUAAGCAUGAAUACCAGCGUAAAGUAUGCAGACCAACAACGAAGAGAGAAACUCAAAAAGGAAUUAGCACGAUGUGAAAGAGAGUUCAAAUUAACUAAAACUGCAAUGCAAGCCAAUUCUAAAAAUAAUUCCAAGUCACUUUUUAACACCUUACAAAAGCCCUUAGGUGAACCACAAAUUGAGGAUGACAUGUUAAAAGAAGAAAUGAAUGGAUUUUCAUCCUUUGCAAGGGCACUAAGCCUACAUAAACCCGAUAAAGUCAUCACAAAUGGUCCUGAGAAGAACUCCAGUUCCUCCCUGUCCAGUGUGGAUUAUGCAGCCUCCGGGCCCCGGAAACCGGGCUCUGGAACCCUGUAUGGCAGAAGGCCCAGAAGCACAUUCCCAAAUUCCCACCGGUUUCAGUUAGUCAUUUCGAAAGCACCCAGUGGGGAUCUUUUGGAUAAACAUGCUGAACUCUUUUCUAACAAACAAUUGCCAUUCACUCCCCGCACUUUAAAAACAGAAGCAAAAUCUUUCCUGUCACAGUAUCGCUAUUAUACACCUGCCAAAAGAAAAAAGGAUUUUACAGAUCAACGGAUAGAAGCUGAAACCCAAACUGAAUUAAGCUUUAAAUCUGAGUUGGGGACAGCUGAGACUAAAAAUGUGACAGAAUCAGAAAUGAACAUAAAGCAGGCAUCUAACUGUGUGACAUAUGAUGCCAAAGAAAAAAUAGCCCUUUUACCUUUACAAGGGCAUGACUUAACAUGGGAUGAGAUUAAGGAUGAUGCUCUUCAGCAUUCCUCGCCAAGGGCAGUGUGUCAGUAUUCCCUGAAGCCCCCUGCAACUAGUAAAAUCUACUCUGACAAAGAAGAACUAUUGUAUCUGAGUUUCAUUGAAGAUGUAACAGAUGAAAUUUUGAAACUUGGUUUAUUUUCAAACAGGUUUUUAGAACGACUGUUCGAGCGACAUAUAAAACAAAAUAAACAUUUGGAGGAGGAAAAAAUGCGCCACCUGCUGCAUGUCCUGAAGGUAGACUUAGGCUGCACAUCGGAGGAAAACUCGGUAAAACAAAAUGAUGUUGAUAUGUUGAAUUUAUUUGAUUUUGAAAAGGCUAGGAAUUCAGAACCAAAUGAAUUAAAACAUGAAAGUGAAGUAACUAUUCAGCAGGAACGUCAAGAAUACCAAAAGGCUUUGGAUAUGUUAUCGUCUGCACCAAAAGAUGAGAACGAGAUAUUCUCUUCACCAACUGAAUUUUUCAUGCCUAUUUAUAAAUCAAAGCAUUCAGAAGGGGUUAUAAUUCAGCAGGUGAAUGAUGAAACGAUUCUUGAACCUUCAACUUUGGAUGAAAAUAAUCCAAGUAUUUCAGACAGUUUAACAGAUCAGGAAACUUCUGUGAAUGUCAUUGAAGGUGACAGUGACCCUGAAAAGGUUGAGAUUUCAAAUGGAUUAUGCAGUCUUAACACAUCACUCUCCCAUUCUGUUCAGCUCUCCAGUGUUGAAGGUGAUAAUAAUCAUGACAUGGAAUUAUCAACUCUUAAAAUCAUGGAAAUGAGCAUUGAGGACUGCCCUUUGGAUGUUUAAUCUUCAUUAAUAAAUACCUCAAAUGGCCAGUAACUCAA